UACAGACGUCCAAAAUGGCAGCCGCCAGAGUUUUCGCACGCACCUUCGUCCAGCGUUUUGCUGUGAGGCAUUGUUACUCCAAUAGUAGAGUCAAUAUGAGACUGACGAAGAAUACUAAAGUAAUCUGCCAAGGACUGACUGGUAAACAAGGAACAUUUCAUACGGAACAGGCCAUAGAAUAUGGUACUAACAUGGUUGGAGGUGUGUCACCGGGCAAAGGGGGAAAAACACAUCUAGGUCUUCCAGUUUUCAGUUCUGUCCAAGAGGCCAAAGAAGCAACUGGUGCUGAUGCCACAGUGGUCUAUGUUCCCCCUCCAUUUGCUGCUGAUGCCAUUCUAGAGGCUAUAGAUGCAGAAAUAGGACUCAUAGUAGUGAUUACGGAAGGCAUACCACAACAAGACAUGGUUCGAGUCAAACAUAAACUUAUAAGACAAAAUAAAAGUAGAUUAAUUGGACCUAACUGCCCUGGAAUAAUAAAGCCUGGAAUAUGUAAAAUGGGUAUCAUGCCUGGCCACAUUCAUCAGGAUGGUAAAAUAGGUAUUGUGUCUCGGUCUGGUACACUUACAUAUGAAGCUGUGGCACAGACUACUGCAGUAGGGUUAGGACAAUCACUUUGUAUUGGUAAGUAAAGGAAAU